CAACAGGUCUUCAAGAUCAAGAUUUUGCUGAUUUCUCAUCUAUGUGAAGCGAAACACUUACCAUUAUGUUUAGCACUAAAAGAUGGGAACUGAGGCUUAGAGAUAGAGACUCAACGAAGGCCACCCAAAUAAAGAAAAAGUCCCAGUCUAUUGAAAUUUCUGCAUCAGGUUAUGGACCUCUGCCAUCAGCAGCUCAACAUGCACUGCAACCAACUAAGCCCACAGCUGUUAACAACACAACAUCUGAAGAGGAGCAGAAUAACACUGCAAAUUCCCAGCGGCGAAAUCCACGAAAGGGUGAACUGAAGAGAUACUACACAAUUGAUACUGGCCAGAAGAAGACUAUAGACAAGAAAGAUGGGAGACGCAUGUCUUUUCAAAAGCCAAAAGGGACUAUAGAAUAUAUCGUUGAAUCAAGAGAUUCUUUGAAUACUGUGGCCUUGAAGUUUGAUACUACUCCUAAUGAAUUGGUGCAGUUAAACAAGCUCUUUUCCAGAGCAGUUGUUCCUGGACAGGUUUUAUAUGUUCCUGAUCCAGAGUAUAUUUCUAGUGUGGAGAGUUCCCCUUCACUUAGUCCUGAAAGUCCAUUAUCACCUACAUCUUCAGAAGCAGAGGCUGAGAAGACUGCUGUAAGUGAUUCAGAUGGGGUACAAAGGAAAGAAACAACAGCCAUACCAGCAUAUACAUGUGUUCGGUCUACAAGAGUUGUGUCAUCCACAUCAGAAGAAGAAGAAGCUUUCACAGAGAAAUUUCUCAAGAUCAAUUGUAAAUACAUUACCAGUAAUAAGGGAACUGUCACCGGUGUGCUCCUAGUGACACCAAAUAAUAUAAUGUUUGAUCCACAUAAAACGGAUCCGUUGGUUCAAGAAAAUGGCUGUGAAGAGUAUGGCAUCAUGUGUCCAAUGGAAGAAGUGAUGUCAGCUGCUAUGUUUAAAGAUGCAGAUGGAAAAAUACAGGAUUCACUACCCAUUGAUGUAGGUCAGUUAUCUGUAAAAGAUCUCCGCUACUUCAAGAAAAUUACAAGAAGUAAUACGGAUGAAAUGGACUUAAGAACGCGAGAUACAGGAAAUGAUAGUGCCAGCACUGCUCCAAGGAGCACAGAAGAAUCUCUUUCAGAAGAUGUAUUCACUGAGUCAGAACUGUCUCCUAUACGGGAAGAGCUUCUUGAUGAUCUUCGACAAGACAAAUCUUCUGGAGCUUCAUCUGAAUCUGUCCAGACAGUAAACCAAACUGGCAGGGAAUAUGUAACAGAUAUUUUGGACUCUGCUGAUAAUAUUGGGGACAUAAACUCCAGUGGAAAACAACCUUUGAAUGAUGGCAGUGCUUCUGUUAAUGAUACUGUGGGGCUGGAAGCAACAGAGACAGCAAUAAAAGGUCAGAAUAUUGUAGAAGGAACUACUGCUGAUGCUCAAGCACAACAUGGCACAUGUCAGGAACUGGUAGUAAGAAAUGUACCGGAGAGCGAGUGGCAUUUGGAUUCUGAAAAAAAUGAUUCUAAAAAAGGGGCUACAAAUGAAGGGGAAACUGUGAAAGAGCCAACUCAAGAUUCCGAGACGGAUACAGAGAUGCUGCGGAAGCUUUGGAAGAGCCAUACCAUGCAACAAACCAAGCAGCAGCGGGAUAACAUGCACCAUGAAGUGCAUAAAGAAAUGAAACACAAAAUAGCAACAGCAGAUGGAACUAUAGAAGGCUCUCUAAUGAAAGAGAAGAGAAGACAUCGAUUAUACAAGUUCUUGUGUCUCAAAGUUGGCAAGCCAAUGCGAAAAACGUUUGUAUCACAAGCAAGUGCAUUGAUGCAGCAAUAUGCACAGAGAGAUAAGAAGCAUGAAUACUGGUUUGCCGUGCCAUCGGAAAGGACUGAACAUCUGUAUGCAUUUUUUGUUCAGUGGAGUCCAGAAAUAUAUGCAGAAGAUACUGGAGAAUCAAAUAGAGAGCCAGGAUUUAUCGUAGUAAAAAAAAUUGGAACCCAGGCUGGUGAAGAUUCAGUUAAUGAAACAGCUAUAAAGGAGUGGGAGGAAAUAGUUAAUUACUGGUAUGGCAAGAAAGGAAGAAAGCAUCACUCAAUGAAAAAUAAAUAUACCUUGGUAGUGUCAGUGGCUGAGUAUCACCGCAGAAUCGAUGCUCUAAAUAGUGAAGAACUACGCACACUCUGCCGACGUCUCAAGAUUACUACAAAAGAAGAUACAUAUUCAAAGCAGGGAACAACUAUCAAAACCGAACUGGAGUCUGAGGCAUUUCGGCCAAAUCUUAGUGAUCCCAGUGAAUUGUUACAGUUGGAUCAAAUUGAAAAGCUGACAAAACACCUCCCUCCUCGAACUAUUGGCUAUCCAUGGACCCUUGUCUACAGUACUGCGAAGCAUGGCAUGAGCUUGAAGACACUGUACAGAACUAUGGCAGGCUUGGACACACCAGUCCUGCUGGUUAUCAAAGACAGCGAUGGACAGAUUUUUGGAGCUCUAGCUUCUGAACCCUUUAAAGUGAGUGAUGGGUUUUAUGGCACGGGAGAAACCUUUCUUUUUACUUUCUGCCCAGAAUUUGAGAUCUUCAAGUGGACUGGAGACAAUAUGUUUUUUCUUAAAGGAGACAUGGAUGCCUUGGCUUUUGGUGGUGGAGGGGGCGAAUUUGCUUUAUGGCUUGAUGGAGAUCUCUACCAUGGGAGAAGUCAUUCUUGUAAAACCUUUGGGAAUCGCACACUUUCUAAGAAGGAAGACUUCAUUAUUCAAGAUAUUGAAAUUUGGGGCUUUGAAUAAGUAUGAACUGUUCAAUACUACAGACGUUUGUCCCAAACCUGAAACUGAUCGAUGCAGCUCAGAAAGCCCUUAAAGCAAUAUAAUGUAGCUUCUUUUGCAAUGCAUUUCGACAUUCUCUGCAUGACCAUCAAAAUGUCUUUCAACAUCCAUGUGUUGGAGUGGAGCUGACCAGGGUUUUUUUUUUUUCCCGUUUUGAAAGUUAUAAAGCUUUCAAGUCGUAAUUGAUUAGUUCUUUAUGGGAGCCAGGUUUUUAUCAUCAUGUCACUCACAUAUCCCAUUUGUUUGUUCUCAUUCCCACAAUUCAGAAACUUCCUUUACUUCUGUUUAGCUAUUUCACUGAAGCAGCUUUUGAAUAACAUAAAAUCUAAUUGAGUUAUACUUGUUUGGCCUGAGCAAGAUGGGGGAACAGAUGUUCAUAAUUUAGCAGCAGUGAUUAGUCUUAGCUGUUUCUCUCAAUCAAAUAUCACCACAUCUUUAUUCAUAAUGAAUUGGUAUCUGUUGUAUUUUACUGUUGAAACAAAGCUGCCCUUUUGAUUGUAUUGAAGCAUUUUGCACAUGUCAUUAAAUGAUCUGCAGGCUUGGGACAAAUGCUGGGCAAGGAUUGAGCUACAUGAUCAAGAUACAUAAAAUAGCAAUGAGCAACUGGACAAAGCAAGCAUAAUGCAGUGGGUAAUUCAUAGUACGUAUAACACCUUAUUAUUGCUAAAGCUAUGAAACAGAUGCAUUUUUCCCCAACAGCAUCUAAUAUGCAUCAAAUUUAUGUGUGUGUAUGUGUGUAUAUCUACACAUGCACACACAUACAUAGCACACCACUCUGUUUUAUAGUUCUUCUGUUGUAGCCUUGUAGCACAUCAUCUCCAAGAAUUGCUCCUGUCCAAAACAGAAAACAAAAUAGGUGUGGUGUUUUUCUCUUCUUUUGAGUGGAUCUGUGUUGUAAAACUGCAGUUUGCACCAGCUCUGAUGCAAUGGGGUAACGUACUCUAGAUAGACAUCAUAACUCAGUAGAUGUGUUAAUAUGCAAACUUUACUGUUCUGUGACCUCAAAGCAAAAAAAGAAAAAAAAAGACAACUUAUAGUAAAUCAGUAGCUCUUGUCCACUUUUGUAGAAAAACUGAAAAGCCAUUGUGGCAAUAACAACAGUUUGUUUCAAAGCUUAUAUUCUAUGUUUAUGCAAAAAAAAAUAAUUUAAAAAUGCUGUUAACUGUGACAGUGAAUGACUUUGUGCUGAAAUCUCAGCUAUUCUAUUUCAAAUGAAUAUUGUAUAUAUUAACUUGUACAUUAAUGUUUAAAAGUAGUUUUUGUUAUUUUAGAGGGGGGAAAGGUAUUGAUUGACGGGUUGCUUCUAGCACUUUAAAUUAUUCUAGCAAUGGAAUAAAAAGCCAAAUGGCUUAGCUCAAAUAAUUAGCUAUAGUUGUAUAGAAUGUUACUAAUAUAAGUUGUUCCGGAAGUUUGAACAAUUAUUGGGGAAUGCUUACUGCUGUGGUAAUGGAAAAGAGGAUAUUUUAUCUCUAUAAUAUGCUCAUGCUUUAUAUGGCUAAAAAAAAAUACACAGCAUUGUUUUCUGUCUCAAUGUAUAGCUCUUUACUCCUGUUAGUACAGUAUGUGUAGAUUCAUUGUUUACAGACAAAAGGAAGUGUAAAUAAAUUAAAAUUAAAAUAGCUUUUUCCCCCCUUUGGUCUUCCACAGCAGUGUUAUUGUCUUUGUGGGUUCACUAACUAAACAAUCCUGUAAUGGAUUUAAAAUACUAUAAGGUAAGAGUGAUAUAAAGCAAAUAAAUCUAAAUACAUGUAAUUAAA